ACAGCGGUUGACGAAAGAUGACAGCGAAACCGAAUUUUGAUUUUGAGAAAGAGGGCGUCUUGACCAUCGGCCAUGUGGAUGAGAACGAAGUGGAUCGCAUAGCGGCCAGCUUCAAGGGACGUUCGCUGUUCAUCACAGGCGGAACGGGAUUUCUGGGCAAGGUUCUCGUCGAGAAGUUGUUGCGCUCGUGUGGCGAACUAAAGCGUAUUUAUCUGCUCAUACGUCCCAAGAAGGGCAAGGAUCCGCAGGAGCGCAUUAAGGACAUAUUUCAGAAUGUGUUGUUCGACCAGGUGAAACAGCUGCGUGGCGAACAGCAAAUACUACAACAAGUGGUGGCCAUAGCGGGGGAUGUGUUGCUUCCAGGUCUCGGCAUCUCAGAGCAGGAUCUGGAGACGCUGCGCAACGAGGUGUCCAUUGUGUACCAUUGUGCGGCCACAGUGCGCUUCGAUGAACCUCUCCGCAAUGCCGUCUUCAUGAAUACCCGCGGCACCAAGUACAUGCUCGAUUUGGCCCUCACUCUAAAGCACUUGGAGUUCUUUGCUUACUGCUCUACCGCCUAUUGUCAUCUGCAUGUGAAGACGUUGUACGAGAAGCCCUACGAUCCACCAGCAAAUCCUCAUCAGGUCAUUCAGGCCUGCGAGUGGCUAACGGACGAAGAAGUGUCGCUUAUUGAGCGCAAGGUACUGGGCGAUAUUCCCAAUACUUAUGCCUAUACCAAGUCCUUGGCAGAGGCUUUGGUAGUGGAGAAGUUCAAUGAGCUGCCGGCUGUUAUACUGCGUCCAUCAAUUGUCAUUCCCAUUUGGAAGGAACCCAUUCCCGGCUGGACUGACAACAUCAAUGGACCCACUGGACUCCUCAUUGGUGCCGGCAAAGGUGUCAUUCGCACCAUGUACUGCAAUUCCUCGGGUUAUGGUGACUUUCUGCCAGUAGACAUUGCUGUCAAUGGCAUUCUGGUGGCCAGUUGGCGUAACAUUACUGCGGGCACGGAUAGCACAAAUCGUGUGGCGCACAUGACAUCGUCGAACGACAUUAAGGUCUCAUGGGCUGAGAUUAUCGAACUGGGUCGUUGGGUUAUUGAGCACAAGGUGCCGCUUAAUGGCGUCGCCUGGUAUCCGGGUGGUUCCAUGAAGUCCAACUAUAUCGUUCACUACAUCUGUAUGGUGCUCUUCCAAUGGAUGCCAGCUUUGUUUGUCGACGCUUUACUGAUUCUUCUACGUUAUCCACCUGUUCUCUGUCGUGUCCAGAAUCGUAUUUACAAGGGUUUCGAAGUCUUUGAGUACUAUGCCAACAAUGUCUGGAGUUUUGACAAUUCGGAAGCUGUGAAAUUACGAAAACUCAUGAACAAUAAGGAACGAAAAACCUAUGUGAUUGAGAAGAUUGAUUUGGAUCUGAUCGAUUACUUCACAAAUAGUGUUUUAUGCGCGCGUCGUUUGAUUUUGAAGGAGUCGGAUGAAUCCAUACCGGCUGCCAAACGCCACAUGAAAGUCAUGUGGGUCGUGGACAAGGUGUACAAGGGCAUUUGGCUAUUUGGAAUUUUAUACAUGCUAUACAGAUGCUUUUUCGCAAGCUAAACUAAUGCAUAAAUUUAAGUUUAGUUAAGUGCUUAAAACCAAAAGUUGCCCCAGCCGCUCAUCAUGCCGUGCAAAAUACAUUCGAUUAUGUCUAAGUCUUUUAAAUUUUUCAUGGUGCUGAAUAGCUGUUAAAAUACGGUAUAACCUAGUUUUAAUUUUUGUAAAUUCAUCAAAUAAAACAAUUAUUACACUCAG